CUAGCAUAGCUAACUUCACUCUGUUUCCGCGUGUUGAUGCUGAAGAGAGGAUAGCGAACAAACAAACAUUUCGCAUCGCAGCGAGCGAGAAAAGAGAGGAAAAUGGACAUGAAGAAGAGGGUUUCUUUAGAGUUGAGGCAUCGGUCUCCGGCAGAGGUCCAGGAGCUGGUUCUGGAUAACUGCCGCUCCAGUGACGGAAAGAUCGAAGGAAUCACAGAGGAGUUCUCCAACCUGGAGCUGCUCAGCCUCAUCAACGUCGGCCUGACCAGCGUAGCAGACAUCCCCAAACUGGACAAGCUGAAGAAGUUGGAGUUGAGUGAUAACAGGAUAUCGGGGGGUCUGGAAGUUCUGGCAGAGCGGCUGGUAAAUCUAACGCACCUCAACCUGAGCGGCAACAAGUUCAAAGACCUCAGCACGCUGGAGCCGCUAAAAAAGUUGCCUCAGCUGAAGAGCCUGGACCUGUUCAACUGCGAGGUGACCAACCUGGGCGACUACAGGGACUCCAUCUUCACGCUCCUCCCUCAGCUCACCUACCUGGACGGCUACGACGUGGACGAUUGCGAGGCGUCUGACUCCGACGGCGAGGGCGACGGCCUCGACGACGAAGACGAGGAAGAGGGAGAGUCGGAGGAAUUAUCGGAUGACGAAGAUGAGGAAGACGUAGUGGCAGAAGAGGACGAUGAUGAUGAGGACGACAGCGGUGAUGAUGAGGACGGCGGCGUCAAUGGAGAGGUAGACAGCGAGGAAGACGACGAGGAGGAGGAUGAGGAAGAUGACGAGGAGGAUUCAUCUCCGGUCAAAGGACAGAAAAGGAAGAGAGACCCUGAAGACGAAGACGAGGAUGAUGAGUGAUCCCCCCCUCCCCCACCUAUUGUCCCUUAUAAACAGACACCAGCUCUGCUUCCAUUUUCACCCAAUCACGAAUCCUCUCCAAAGCCGCCAUAACUUCAGUUUUUCUUGUUUCUCCAAAUGAAAAUCCUCUGAACGCCUCAUUCUUCAAGAUGUUUUUGUUUAGUUUUUUUGUACAUUUCUUAUAAACUCAGGAAUGCAAUGUUAAAUCUUCAGACUUAUAGGUUAGUAAAUGAAAAUCCCUUAAGAAAACAUCGGUAGAUAUUUUUCUUCCUAAACCAAUCCAACAGAUUUCUUUGUUCUUUUUUAUACAAAGGCUCGCCACCUUUAAUCAGCAGAUUGAAUCUUUGUUUAUAAACAAGAAACUUGGACCAGAUUUGUUAUUUUUGUUAAUCCACCUUUAAAAAUCCGCCCCGUAUUUUUAGCAGAAGCAACCUGAAGGUUGCAUGAUCAGCUUCCUCUGAUAUUCUGGGGAAUAAAAUAAACCUUCAGCCAUAAAAUGCUGCGUUUAGGAACAAAGUGUCGGUGAAGUCGUUAAUUAUCUUUCUACGGUCUGUCGUAUCCAUCAGAAGCUAUUUAUGUGAUGCUGAAUGGAUGAGCUGUGAAAUGAUGACAUUCAGGUCAGUGGAUGCAGAUUUUUGUACUUUGAUGUUUGAAUCGAGUCCUUUACUCCCCGUUUCUCGUCCUCUUUCCUUUUUGUCCGUAAUCUUCUGCCAACCUGCCCCCCCGUCUCCCCGCAGCAUCCUGUGCGCUCAGGGCAAACUGUCGUUUUUUUUUGUUUGUUUUUUUGCCAGCAGAGCUUUUUAAAAGAUCUAUUUUUUCAGAGAAAGUUUUGUUUAUUGUGUGGCUCUCAGGACACCGUCUCAGACUCUUUCUCUCUCUAUGGCUUCGUGUUCCAGAGAGAUCCAGCUGUUCCUUCACUCUGACAGCCGCAGUGAGGUGGUUUGCUUUCUUUUGGGGUUUUUUUGUUUAUUUUUUUACUUUCUGUAAGUUAAAUGAGAAUUCAUGCAAAAGGACUGUAAAUAAAAUCUUAACA